AUGGCGACCAAAGCAGCAUACAAGCGUCUGACUCGCGAAUACCAAAAUAUCCAGUCCAGUCCCGUGCCAUACAUUGUUGCCCAUCCAUCAGAAUCCAACAUCUUGGAAUGGCAUUACAUUCUAACCGGCGCACCCAACACUCCUUAUGAAAAUGGCCAAUAUCAUGGCUCCCUCGUCUUCCCACCCGAUUACCCUUUUGCGCCGCCCGCUAUUCGAAUGCAUACUCCGAGCGGUCGAUUUCAACCUUCAACUCGAUUGUGCUUGAGUAUCAGCGACUUCCAUCCCAAAUCAUUCAAUCCUGCGUGGUCCGUAUCUACAAUUCUGAUUGGACUCAUGUCCUUCAUGAACAGCGAAGAGAUGACUGCAGGCAGCGUGGGUGGAACUCCAGCAGAGCGGAAAUGGCACGCCGCAAGAUCAAGAUGGUGGAACUCUACGGGUGGUGGGUCUGCAUCGAAGCCUGUACCUGGAGUGCAGGCAACAUCCAAGGGCCUGGGAAACAUCAAAGCAGGAGAUGGAGGUUUCAAGUUCAAAUCAGAAUUUCCAGAUGAAGAUCAGGAGAACUGGACAUGGAUCACUCAACACCGGAUCGAUCCCAAGACUGGGAAAAUGCUGGCCGACCCGGAGGGCGAAGAAGUGCAAUGUUCUCCCGAAACCGCGGCACUACGACGAAUACUAGGAGGCAGUGGCGCAGGAGUGGGCGCUGUCGUCCAUGGGGGUCAGGCUGCUCGUGAUGCUGGCCACGGCUGGUUAUCAACCAGAAAAGUCUGGAUGGCGUUUGGAGGGGUUUUCCUCUACUUCGUGAUUGCCAGGAUUUUCAGCGAGGCGCAGGGAUUAUGA